GAGAGACAGGAUGGAGUUCAGUCCACUCGCUGUGAUGCUCUUGCGAUCUGACAGCGAGAAAACACAGGAAGUGCUGAAACUUUAACACACACCUCUGUUCUGUCAGUCAGUCAGUCGUUAGAGAGACAGGAUGGAGUUCAGUCCACUCGCUGUGAUGCUCUUGCUGAUUUCACUUAUACCAGUGGCCCAUGCUCAAGGGAGUCCUAAAGCUGUGGUGUCCAUAACGCCUGAUACACAUGUGUUCAUUGGAGAGACAGUUACUCUCAGAUGUGACGUACAGGGAGGAGGAGACACUCAGUGGACAUACAGCUGGUAUAAAAAUAAUAACAGACUCACAGACCGCACAACGCAGGAGUUCAAAAUCCGGUCUGUUCUACACGUUCAGCAUGGUGUCUACACCUGCAGAGGACAGAGCAGUGACUCUCAGAGCUCAGAGAUCAGUGAUGCUGUUACACUGACUGUAUCAGAACAACCCAAACCGACUGUGAGAGUGAAUCCUCAGAGCUCCGUCUACACUGGAGACACCAUCACUCUGACCUGUGAGCUGCAGUCGACUGGAUGGGAGAUUCAAUGGUAUAAAAAUAAUCCAUCGUUACAUCCUUUGAGCACUGAAGAAACAGACACACUCAAAGUGACAGAUGAUAAUGCAGGAGAAACAGUGUACCAGUGUCGCGCAUGCAGGAUAAACUACAAGCCAGGGCACUCCUACUACUGCACACAGUUCAGUGUUCCUGUCAAUAUUACAGUGAGAGAGAGACCAGGGGCAGUACUGAGUGUAUCUCCACAGAGCUGGCUGACUGAAGGAGACUCAGUGACUCUAAGCUGUGAGAUUACAGACUCCUCUACAGACUGGACAUUCAGCUGGUACACAGCUGUUCCCUACAGAGACGGCUUAACUCAAAUAAAAGAUAAUCAUGGCUAUAUCAUGUAUGUGGAGCUCCUCUCAGACAGCAGCAGAGGAUCUGGAGGCAAAUACACUCUCAGUCUUGCUGAUCUUAAACACACAGGAGUUUAUAUGUGUAGAGGAGAGAGAGGAGAACCAGCCUUUCACACACAGUACAGCAAUCCACAGCCACUAUGGAUCACUGGUGAAUCUCCUCCAGUCUCUCUGAUCAUCAAUCCCAGCAGAACUCAACACUUUACUAAAGAUUCUCUCUCACUGAACUGUGAGGACCAGAGUAACUCUACUGGAUGGAGAGUGAGACGAUACACACACAGUGAGGGAGGGUCAGAUUGUUCAAGGGGAUCAGUUACAGGAUCUACAUGUGAAAUCAGCUUCCUCUCCACAUCCUACACUGGAGUUUACUGGUGUGAGUCUGAAUCUGGAGAAAACAGUAAUCCUGUCAACAUCACAGUGCAUGAUGGUGAUGUGAUCCUGGAGAGUCCUGUCCAUCCUGUGACUGAGGGACAUCCUCUGACUCUACGCUGUUUAUAUCGAUACACAAAGCCCCCAAACCUCCGAGCUGAUUUCUAUAAAGAUGGAUCAGUUCUCCAGACACAGACUACAGGAGAGAUGAUCAUCCGAACUGUCUCAAAGUCAGAUGAAGGUUUCUACCACUGUAAACACCCAGAGAGAGGAGAGUCACCGAAAAGCUGGGUCUCAGUCAGAGGUCCAUCAGGUGUAGAAGCUCCAUUCUCAGUGCUCAUGCUGAUCAGUAGUGUAGUGACGGCCUCUCCGUAUCUGCUGGUGACCAUCAUUCUGCUGGUCAAAUGUUACAGAGCUCGAGCUCACAAUGGUGAAUACAGAAUCCAGAACGCAGUCAUAGAGGAGUGAGCAAAGUUCAUCUAUAAAAAGAGGAUCCGUUUAAUGUAGAAAUCAUUUCAUCAUUCCUUUAGAGUCAUUUUGUGGAUUGUAAAUAAUACUGAUCUGUCGCUUUAACAUCAUGCUGUUUGUAGCUCAGCAUCUUACACGCACUCGUCUUUCUGACUGGAUUUGUUUAGCUGAAGCCUGCAAACCUCCUCAUGAGGUGAAAGUGAACAUGUGUUUAGUCUCUAAUAAAGCCUACAUGUUGCUAAUGCAAAAACACGUGUGAAAUAAAUGUGUCUGCUAUUGGAGUGACUUUCAUCCCAACAUGGUGACCUGCACAUUACAACCUCAAAACGCUUCGUGUUACAUUACUGAUGAACAUUUUGGUGUGCGUUAUUGAGAGCAGACUCGAGGUGUGUAUUUUAUAUUUGGUUUGACUUUUCUUUUCAGCUGUGUGAACUUUAAUUGAAGUUGUGUGAGGAGAUGUGUGGUUGGAAUGUUUUGUUCAAUUAAAACCUUCAAAUAAAUGCACCAGUAUCGAUGAAGACUAUGUGCACAAUAUAUAAUAAGGGUUAUAUAUCAUUUUCUUCACUCCGUUACUUAACCUGGUUGCAAUGCUGUGUGAAGUACAUGUAAUAUAAUGAGAAAACUCUGAGCAAAUACUCUUGUGCCUUUAAAAUAUCACCAUUUUAUUUUUAACAUUUUGUAUUUUUUCAAAUAGACAAUAAAAGAAAAUCUUCACCAAGACAA